UCUUCGAGGGGGUAUUUACCAGCAGGCGACGUUAAACCGCGCUAUUCUAUCUAUGAAAGCGAUUCUAUUGUUUUAGACCACCCGAUCGUCUCGGGGUGUUAUAAAUGUGCGUUAUAUACCACUGGUAGGACAUUGGUAUUUGAAACGCUAGAGAGUGAACAUCGAGACUCGAGAAAAGCUGUUUGAAAAAAAAAAUCGACAAGGGAAUUUUAAUCUGUUAAAAGUUUAAAAAAAAAUCUGAGAAUGGUUCUGAAGAUUGAGAAACCAGUUCACUGCACGCUGAUUGGGGACGCUAUGAUCGGGAAGAGUACCUUGGUUCAGGCCUUUAUGAGUCAGCACUUGCCCAAGACGCCCUAUGUUGCCACCGUACUGGAGACUUAUGAAGGUUGCUUGGACGUCGACGGUCAGAAGCAGAACCUGAGUAUCCUUGACAACGCGGGUCAGCAUGACUACGAGACGAUGCGCUCUUGCUCCUACAAGGACAGCGAGGUCCACGUGCUUUGCUACUCCGUGGCGGACCGGAACUCACUGGAGAGCAUUCAGGACUUCUGGGUUCCGGAAGUUAACAACUGUACGCGGCGCCGCAAGCCCAUAAUUCUGGUGGCGACUCAGACGGAUCUGCGAAAGGGCGUGAACGGCGAUUCGGAUAAGAUUACUACUAAAGAGGGCGAGGAGAUAGCGAAGAAAAUCGGUGCCGAUGUGUUUGUCGAGUGCUCUGCGAUGGAACAGGAGAGCGUUAACCACGUGUUUGAGGUCAUGACCUCUGCUGGAUUGAGAUAUAGGAAGAAAAGGAACAGUUUCGUGAAAAAGAUGUUCGGCAAGUGAACAGCACACCGCGCGUUGCUCACCCCCGAGCAAAGUUUUAGCUAAGAGUUCACUCACACACAUGUUGUCUAUGUGGUCAGCUCGACGACUAGGGGAGGAGAGAGGAAAGAAUGGUCAUAGAUCAGCACACAAUUGGCUUGCGAAAGCUUUGUGACAGACGCUGCGGAUUUGUGAUUGAGACUAUUGCAUGUAGUGUUGCAACUUUCGCAGCCAUACCGAGAUUGCAUCGCUGUAGACUGUGACAUUGAACCAAUCAAACUUGACACCAAGUAACUUUACAACGAUGACAAGUUACGGUUGCUUAUUAUUAAUUAAACUAUUGUAUAAACAUGCUUGUCAAAGAUUUAAUUGCACUCAAUGUAAUUUGAGUACAUUAAAUAUUUAGAAAUGAUA